AUGAUAACAGCAUCAUCACAAUCAAUGACAACAACAGCAUUAAUGACAACAUUAUUCCUAACGACUACAACAUCACUAGUAGCACCGAUAACAACAGCUUCACCACAAUCAACGACAACAACAACAUUAAUGACAACAUUAUUCCUAACGACUACAACAUCACUAGUAACACCGAUAACAACAGCUUCACCACAAUCAACGACAAUAUCAACAUCAACGUUAACGUUAACAACAACAGCUACAUCCACUCCUCAACAGCCAGGAUGGAUGAAUACUGGUAGUAUGAAUAAUGGACGACAAUAUCACACAUCAUCCGUAUUGACAAAUGGAAAAGUAUUAGUUACUGGCGGCCUUAGCUAUGUUACUGUUUUAAAUAGUGCUGAGUUAUAUGAUUCAUUAACAGGAACGUGGACAACAACUGGUAGUAUGAAUAAUGCACGACAAGAUCAUGAGGCAUCCAUAUUAACAAAUGGAAAAGUGUUAGUCACUGGUGGACGCGAUAGUAGUGUUCUAAAUAGUGCUGAACUAUAUGAUCCAUCAGCAGGAACUUGGGCAAUUACUGAAAGUAUGAAUGAUGCACGAGCUCACCACACAGCAUCCGUAUUAACAGACGGAAAAGUGUUGGUUAGUGGUGGACACAAUGGCAAUGUCUAUUUAAAUAGUAGUGAAUUGUACGAUCCGUUAACAGAAGUUUGGAUCAGUACUAGUAACAUGAAUGAUGCACGAUAUGGUCACUCUACAUCCUUAUUAACAAAUGGAAAAGCUUUAGUUAUUGGUGGAUAUAAUGGUACUGCUUUAAAUAAGGCUGAGAUAUAUGAUCCAUCAACAGGAAUAUGGACAAGUACUAGCAACAUGAAUAACAUACGAUUUUUUCACACAGCAUCUAUAUUAACAAAUGAAAAAAUUUUAGUUACUGCCGGAUGGGAUGAUUUUUCACUAUACGAUAGUGCUGAGUUGUAUGACCCAUCAACAGAGACUUGGACAAUAACUGGUAGCCUAAAUUCUAGACGACAGUAUCAUACAGCGUCCGUAUUAAUGAAUGGAAAAGUAUUAAUUACUGGAGGAUAUCGUGGUUUUAUUCUAGACAGUGUUGAAUUGUAUGAUCCAUUAACAGGAAUUUGGACAACUACUGAUAGUAUGAAUGACGCACGAUUUAAUCAUGUAGCAUCCGUAUUAACAAAUGGAAAAGUGUUAGUUACUGGUGGAUAUGGUAAUGCGGUGGCUUUAAACAGUACAGAACUAUAUCAAUCUUCUUAA